AUGCCGGUCGAUCGACGCGCCCAGUUUGGCGAUGGCCGCCCUAGUGUCGUGGCCACGCGGGAAAGGAGUUCUCAGCCGGCUACCCCCUCGCGCAGGGACAGGAUACGGGAGAGCUCCGCGCAUCAAGACCCCAUGCUCAAGGACUAUCGUCUAGGAGAGUGCCUAGGCAAAGGUGCUUUCGGCUCAGUUUACAAAGCCUUCAACUGGAAUACCGGUGAGGCCGUCGCCGUUAAGCAAAUCAAGCUUGGCGACUUGCCAAAGAGUGAACUGCGCAUGAUCGAGAGCGAAAUCGACCUACUCAAGAAUCUCCACCACGACAAUAUUGUCAAGUACAUUGGCUUUGUCAAAUCCACCGACUGCCUCAACAUUAUUCUCGAAUACUGCGAAAAUGGCUCUCUUCACUCGAUAUGCAAAGCGUACGGCAAGUUUCCGGAAAACCUCGUCGGCGUGUAUAUGACGCAAGUCCUUCAAGGCCUCCACUACCUCCACGACCAAGGUGUCAUCCAUCGUGAUAUCAAAGGUGCAAAUAUUCUCACAACCAAAGAUGGCACUGUCAAAUUGGCCGAUUUUGGUGUUUCAACGAGUACACUGGCCGGUGGCCAAGACAAGGAAGCUCAAGUUGUAGGCACUCCUUACUGGAUGGCUCCCGAAAUCAUCCAGCUUUCCGGUGCCAGCUCGGCUUCUGAUAUCUGGAGUGUUGGCUGCACCGUCAUCGAAUUACUCCAAGGAAAGCCGCCAUACCAUAACCUGGCAGCCAUGCCCGCGCUCUUUGCCAUUGUCAACGACGACCACCCUCCUCUACCAGAAGGCAUUUCCGCCGCCGCACGCGAUUUCCUCAUGCAGUGCUUCCAAAAAGACCCCAAUCUACGAGUUUCGGCGCGGAAGCUGCUAAAACACGCUUGGAUUAUUGGAUGCCGACGAGCCGAUGCACCAGUCGCCAAGGCGCCCGCAAACUUCAAUGAGGCCGUUGAAGAAGUCAAGCAGUGGAACAAGGCUCUAAACUCGUCUGAUGCCCAUCUCCGAACCUCGACCGGCUCAGACGCUCCGGCUUCUCGGUUCCCCGCGGGAACUCCCGCCAAAGUCCCACUGUCAAUGCAAAAGAGCAAAUUUGGUGUACAAGCAUUCAAGACCCCUGAGCUUGCCGACAACGAUAACUGGGACAAUGAUUUUGAUACUACAAUCUCACCAAAUGCGCUCCAGCUGCCACAUCUUCGAACCCAGGACAACUUUGGCGGCAUGCUCUCCAGCGAUCGCCUAAAGGCCUUUGCAUCCGCAAACGAUUUACGAAAUGAUAAUAGCUACGAUGAUGACUUCGAGGGCGAGCUUCUCACGAUUAAAGGCCCCUCACAACACGACAUGGAUCUACAACAGCAGACCAUUCGACCAAUUUCCAAAGCUGCGAUGCAGACUGCCGAGCCCAGGAAGCAUACUCGGCAAAAGUCCAUUCCAGCCCACCAUGCAGGCUCCCCUACACAGCCCACGCGAUCACCCCCCAAGGCCCAUUUUAGUAACAAAUUUGAGUUGCCGACCCGGCACGACAUUGCCUUCCGUGAACAGAGCGCCGAAGACUAUUCCGAUUUGUUUGUAGAAAACGACAAUGUCUUCAACCAACGAUUUAAUCAAGUUAAAAAGGGUAUUCGUGGUCCGGACUCGCCUCAAUUGUUUCAUCCAUCAGAUCUCACAAGCCUUCCACGCUCAAUGCUGGCCCCAGAUGGCAGCAUCAAGAAGAAGCCCGCCUCCAGGCCUUCGGUCCUACCUGAUCGACCAAUGCGGCGCACUCGGUCUUCUGUGGAAAUCCAAAAGUUCGCCGAAGACGACGAUGAAGACUUUUCGGAUGUGUUUGGCCCCCAAAGCUCUGCUGCCACCAAACCUGUAAGCGAACGCGGUUCUGAGGAUGGUGGCUUGAUGCUGCUCUCUAAAGUCUCAAGCAACUCUUGGCUUGGUGACGACGAGGAUGAGGAUGACCCGUUUGCACUCAUGGACCCUGGUUGGGACGAGAUGGAUUUGGAGGCAAAUAUUGCUCGUGACAGACACGCGCGGUUAGCAGAAAAGGUGGAAGACUUGGUCCGAUCUCUUACCAUGGAGCAAGGCGAAACCACUCUGAUUGAAAUUGCAGAGGAUUUGCUUGCUCUUCUAUGGGAGAAUGCGGAAGCCAAGAAUCUCAUCAUUAGCGCCCACGGUCUCCUCCCGAUCCUCGAGAUUCUGGAGCCUUGCACCGUCAAGAGCAAGCAGUAUAUGAUUCUGCAGCUUCUGAAAGUGGUCAAUGCCAUUAUCCUCGACGAUGUCGAAAUCCAAGAGAAUCUCUGUUUCGUUGGCGGCAUGCCCAUCAUCACAAAGUUCGCCGCUCGACAGUACUCGGACGAAAUUCGCCUGGAAGCUGCUGCUUUCGUGCGCCAAAUGUACCAGACCUCGACACUGACCUUGCAAAUGUUUGUGUCUGCUGGUGGCUUGAAUGUCCUUGUGGAAUUUCUUGACGAGGAUUACGACAACGCCCGGGACUUGGUACUUAUUGGCGUGAAUGGUAUCUGGAAUGUCUUUGAAUUGCAAGGACCUACACCAAAGAAUGACUUUUGCCGAAUCUUCUCGCGAAGCAAGAUUCUGUAUCCUCUUGCUCUCGUUUUGCACCGCGUGCUAGACGAAGAAGGCGAGGAUGAGCUUGGGGAGCUCAUCGAGGGCCGCAUUGUCAACAUUUUCUACCUCUUUAGCCAGGCAGAAAACUACGUAAAGGAGGUUGUGGCGGACCGACAGGUACUGAAGAGUGUUCUGAAAGACUUGCGCCGCAUGACACCUGUGCAUCAGAUCACGAUGCUCAAGUUCAUCAAGAACCUAUCGAUGCUGUCAACAACGAUUGAGACAUUGCAUUCAGCCGACGCCAUCGAGUUUCUCAUCGACUUGCUCAGUUACGGCAUGAAGAAGGGGCAGGUACAUUUCCGUGAAAUGUCUAACCAGGUGCUCAACACCCUGUUCAAUCUCUGCCGCCUGAGCAAAGAGCGCCAGGAAGAUGCUGCUGUUGGUGGCAUUAUCCCGCUGCUGUUGCGCAUCAUGCACACAGAUCGGCCGCCCAAGGAGUUUGUGCUGCCAAUACUCUGCGACAUGGCGCACUCUGGGUCCAAGGGCCGUCGAUACUUGUGGCAAAACAAGGGUCUCGAAUUUUAUGUGUCCCUGCUAACUGACCAAUACUGGCAAGUGACGGCGCUCGAUGCCAUUCUCGUAUGGCUGCAGGAGGAGACUGCCAACGUGGAGAGCUAUCUGAUUGAUGGCAGCUUCACGAGGGCCAUCAUUAGCGGCUUCAACACGAAUCGUCUCAACUCGUUCGACUCGAACCUGCUGGAGCCUCUGCUCAAGUUGCUACGUCUGAGUCCUGGCGUAGCCGCCUCGCUUGCGAAGCCCGAAAUGUUUGCCGGCAUCGCGCAACGGCUGGGACACAAAAAGGCUGUCGUUCGUCUAAAUCUGCUACGUCUUGUACGCACCAUCAUCGACGCUUGCGACACGGCCCUAGGCAACGGAGACGGCACCACGUCUCUCAACAGCGCCCAGGUGCGGUCGCUGAUGGAAGUGAUUCAAUCACUCGCCGAGACCGACUCUGCCGUGCUAGUACGAAACCUGGCCGCGGAGCUUGUGCGAUCGCACCUCGAGGGCCGUCCAUCGCCCAGCGCGGUGAUGCGCCAUGACAGCAUCGCCUCUUCGCAGGCCAGCUCCGUAUCCUCGUCGCGACGCUCUGCAACGCGCCGCAACACGAGCUACACGCCGCCCAGCCUACAGUCGUCCACGUCCUUUCCGCAAACCCCGACGCACCGAAGCCGUGCCAGCCUCGCCGGCAACGCCCUCAUCGAAGUUGCUGCCAGUCCUCGCCGCGGGGUGCCCAAUGGCGGCGUUGGUGGCGUCCCCAGCGUCCUGGACCGCGACAACCUGCUCUUCCAGCAGUACCGCCCGCGCAGCCGCGACGGCCUCACCAGCCUCCCGCGGCGCGUCAGCGGCGACGCCAGCUCCACCACGAGCAGCCACAGCAGUGGCGUCAUGAUGAUGCCCCCUUCGUCCUCCGGGUCCUCGUCGUCAGCCGCAGCGGUAGCAGCAGCCAAGAGCCGCCUGCCGCGGACGUCGCUGGCCAGCAUGACGUCGCGAGGCGGCGGCAUAAGCACGGCGGGCAUCCGCGGCGAGCCCGCGCCGCCCAUGGUCGUCCGCAGCGACAGCAGUACCAGCAAUAAAGAGAAUGGCGGCGGCGGCGGUGGCGCGAGCCGCAUGAUGCACCCCUGGGGCGCCGCGGCCGCCAUUGCCGGCGCGGGAGGAGGCGGAGCCGCCGCAGGAAGCAGCGGGCGACGCGAGAGCAUGGCGAGGGAUCCGACGGGGGGCAAGAGACGAGUGCAGCGCGCCGCGCCGAGCGAAGCCAAGUGGUCAUGA